AUGAGCCGGCUUCAGGUACGACCUGUAGAGGUCAGUUCAACCAAGGCAAAGGCUGUGGAAGAUGCCCGACAAAUCCAGGCGAGCAUCAUUGAUGCUGCGCGGAGGAUUGGGAAGGACCCCCCGAAGUAUGCCCUGAUGGAGCUUAUCGGAAAAGGUAGUUACGGUCGGGUGUAUAAAGGGAAAGACAUGAUCACUGCAGAUAUUAUUACUGUCAAGAUAAUCGACAUCGAUCAAAGCGAUACAGCAAAUCCUCGUAAUGCGGAUUCAUAUAGCGAGUUUCUAAAGGAAAUCGGUGCCUUGAAGAUCCUAAGCGAGAAUAAGGCGCGGAAUAUCAACCAUGUCAUUGAUGCGUUACCAGUGGGUCAAUCUAUGUGGAUGAUAACUGAGUAUUGUGGAGGUGGGAGUGUUGUCACAUUAAUGAAACCCACGGCCCCAGGUGGCCUCCAAGAAAAGUGGAUUAUACCCAUUCUUCGAGAGGUUGCAGAAGCUAUAAAAUGGGUGCAUAAUGCAGGGAUUGUGCACAGAGAUAUCAAGUGUGCAAACGUUCUCGUUACGGAGCUAGGAGGGGUACAGCUCUGUGACUUCGGAGUUGCAGGUACUCUAGAGACGAAGCUAGAUAAGAGGUCGACAUUUACUGGCACACUUCAUUGGAUGGCACCCGAGUUAUUCGAUUCCAAUCUAAGUUACGGUAGAGAGGUAGAUAUCUGGGCAUUUGGAUGCAUGGUAUACGAGAUUGCUACUGGGUUUCCUCCAAACGCUGAUACUGGAAUUCCAUACGAUCAUGCCGGAUCUCGUUCAGAAAUUCCUCUUCCAAGACUUGAAGGAGGCAGCUAUUCUGAAGAUUUGAGAGGUAUCGUCGCAUAUUGCCUAGAAGAACUUCCAAGUUUGCGACCCACAAUUGAUCAAGUGCAAAAGCAUCCAUAUAUCUGGAACAGCAACUCGAGAUAUCCUACCUUGAGUCUCUCUUAUCUUGUCCGUGCUUUCAAAAUGUGGGAAGACCAUGUUGGAAGUAGGGAGUCACUUUUCAUGCCAGGUGGUGCUCAAGGACUGGCCAGAGACUCGCUUUCAAUGGCCAAUGACGAAUGGAACUUUAGCACAACAGCAACUUUCGAUCAGGAAGUCUCUAAGAAAUCUACUGCCCAAGAUGUUUACGAUGCUUACGGUACAACUGUUGAACUUCAAGAUAUUGUCUCAGAAGAGACUUCACGCCCAAAAGCUCAAAACCCAUCAAGACGACGACCACCCCCAGAGGCACUAAAACGGCUUCCAGCACCACUAGAAAAGAUUUUCGAUCCGAAUACCUUGUCUACUUAUGAUGACAACAGCAGAAACCACUACGGCAGGCCUCUACCACCACCUACCUCAGACUUACCCCUCCGUGACGAGAACUCUCAGACCUCGAUCAAAGAUACGAUGAUUGAUAUUGGCGCUCAUGGCUUCAACACAGGACUUUCGAAGUUUCCUGAGAUGGAAACAAUUAAAGCCAAUAAACUUGGUGUUAGUCAAGAGGUAUCAGUGGACGAAUACAAUCCCACAUUGCACAAUUUCAGUCACCCGGCUCUAAGCGAUCCUGUAGACGUAAAUCAUAACCGUCGCACACAAGAUUGGAAGUUUCCUGCGAUGGAACUGCCUGUAUCCGCAGACCCUGCGAUCUCACAGUUCCCAGCAAGCUACGAUUUACCGCGCCAAAUAUCGACAGGCGGUUCUGACGGUCGCCCUCCUCUGACCCAUCAUCCCACAAGACCUAUUGGAACCGCGUCUAGAAGCAGCCUGAUACAUUCGCGACAGGCAUCUCGAAAUGGACUAUCUAUCAGAGAGUCUUUGAUCGACUUGGACAUGAGCUUGCAUGAGGUCGCAGCAUCUUCUGCGCGUCCGUCGACUGCGAAUUCUGUCACAGGCUCCACAUCCAGUGAUCAGAUAGCAAGUGGUCACCCUUUUGAGUUGGAAAAACACGCUUCUCUGUACGCACCCCCAUUGCCGGAGGCUACCACUGAGCAUGAAUCUUACCUGACGGAAGAGUGCAACGGUGCCCCAGGCCUUCUCGAGGAAAAUUCCAAACAUGACAUUGGUAGAGCUUCCAACUUCUCAGACUCCGAUACAGUGUUUCCAGCCUCAGUCAUAUCUACUGAUCCCAAGAAUCCUGGAAUACGACCUCUCCCCUCUACUGUUCAAGAAUCCUUGACCCACUCUGCAAAUCAACUGUGCGACUUCUCUCACAUACCCGAGCUGCCAUCUCCACCGUCUCAGAAGGCGUUAAGUGGACUGGCAACUCAUGAUGAGCUAAAGGAAGAGCUCAACCGGAUGUUAAGCUCGAUGACUUCGCAAUUAAAGGCAUUCCACGAUGUGUAUGCUUCCCCCCAAUUUGUGCACAGAAAGGGACAUGUCACGCCACCGAGACAUCAAGAAUAG